AUGGGUUCAAAAUCAAAAAACAAGGGAUGCAGUAAAAAGAACAGAAAGAAUGAUUCACAUUCAGAAAGUCAACAACUAGAUCGUAUAGCUAAAGUUUGCUGCAAAGGCAAUAAUGAAGGUGAUUAUUAUUUGAAAAAUGACCCGUCAGCGCCUGAAUUCCGUGAACAAUUGAAUAAGCUCGGUUUAGAUUUUCGUGAAGUGCCAUCAGAUGGGAAUUGUUUAUUUUCAUCAUUAUCUGAUCAAUUGUAUGGGACAAUAGCCAAUCAUAAACAGGUUCGUGAGCAAGCUGUCCUCUACAUUGAAACACAUAAAGAAGAAUUUGAACCAUUCUUUGAUGUAAAAGAUAGACUUAAUAACCUUCGAUCACUUGGAACCUAUGGUGGGCAUGAGUGCAUCAUUGCUAUAUCACGUUAUUUUUCUGUUUAUAUUAUUAUACAUCAGUUGAAACAAAAGCCUUGGCUAGCCGGUAUUCCAGCCAUUGAUAUACCAAAUGCGGGCGUUCCAACCUAUCCUCAACUCCAUCUAGCUUAUCAUAAUGGAGAACAUUAUUCAAGUGUACGUGUUUUUGGAGAUACUUCUACUAACCCAACAAGAAUAAAAAUUUGUCUUUCAGUUGAAAAUUCUUCUUCGACAUGUAAUAAGAAGUGUGUAGAUUAUUCUUCUGAUGAUGCGUGCAGUGACGACAAUACAUCUGUCAAUUCAUCCAAAAAUCGGGUAAAACAAUCUGAUAAAUUCAACAAUUGUAACACAGAUUUUUUUCAAACUUUCCCGUUUAACAGAAAGUUAAGUAAGAAAGAUAAACGUCAACGUAAAAGGAGAUCUCUUGAAAUGGCUAAUUCUGAUUUUGUUGUAAAAUCAAUUUCUGCGCUACAUAUAUAA